UCGCGUACCUUAGGCAGCUUCCACCUUGCCGGCUCGCGGCCGUAUGUAACGUGAUUCUCCUCGACGUUUCUGCUCGACGCAGCAUCGGCUGUCGCGAACACUCCUCGUGUCGCGUUCGUUUUGCCUCGCCUCUGGAUGUUCUCCGAUCUCUGGAACAUUACCGAGAACAACAAACAGAACGCUUAAGGAACGGGCACGAACCAGUGGUUCUCAAUUGCUGAAAACGUGCGUCCUAUUCUUUUCCAUCCAGUACAGUUUCAGUUUCAUCGAGCCUCUUGCAACAAGGACGAGAGUUAAAUUUACGUGGAGGAUUAUUUUACUUUAUCAAAGAAUCUCUGAAAGAUUACAGUUGGUCGCCUUGGAUUUCCAUUUUAAGAAGGUUUAGGUGGGAAAGUCUUUGUGAUUUUGUUUCUUUGCGAUCUCGCGAGGUCGAUGGUGUUCGCGGGUAUCGUUUCCAAGGAGAAGGACAGCGUGUCGUUCGCGGUGGAUCUCGGAUACGAAGGAGAAGGUGAGGAGAAGCAGUGGUUAGCUGAAAUUCGGUGGGAUCUGCGAAGUCUAAAUUAAUCUGGAGCCCGUUGUUGUUGAAGUUCCGAACGCGGGCCUGCUGCUAGCCGGUGUAAAAAGAGCGUAAAGUUUCGUACGCGGAAUAAAAAUAAGCGUGAUACGGGGAACCGAGAGAGUUGGAUCAGUUUUUGCCACACGCAGGGUUACACGUGUUGCGCUGCAGAAACAACCGGUAAUUUCCUACUCAGCGAAACAAGUGGCUACUUUUGUUUUGUGUUAGAAGAAAGUUCUCGCUAUUGCAACGGUAUUCUUCCUUCGAAAAAGAGAAAAGAGAACGCAAACUUUCGCCUGCCUCCUUCCGAUCCACACACCAUUGUAUCAUUCCGUUCACGUAUUCUCCAGCUUGGUCCAAGCAUAAGCGAGCAAGCUACAUCGGUCUAAAUUCACCGAAUUUUCGUUUACUUGUUUAAAAUCCUCGAAAGUACGUCGUCCAUAGAUCAACCAGAAAGCUCGACGCAAUAUUUUACCGGUGACUCAGUUCCUCGGCUGUGACAGAUUCCACAGUGUGCGAAAGUGAGGUGUCCCGUCCAUUCCAUUCGUCUGUUAGACGAACAGAUCUCCGAGUGUUCGUCGAAUGGUCAAAUUCGUCGAAUGUGUCCAGAUAGCGAGCGUCUUGGGUGACGUGUUCGCGAGUGAAUCGCCACGCGAUAAUGAUUUAGUGGCUCUCGAGCAAAUGGUUGGUUGUUCGAUUCGUCGGUGGAUGAUCGUGUUUAAAGAGUUAAAAUAAUUCCGCGAAAGUGGUUCGCGUGGCGAAGAAGGAAAAGGACGCGACGAUGGCGGAGCGUCCUGGGGGUAGGAGACGAUCGCGUCGGGACAGUAUGGAGACAAGCGGAUCGUUACGGGGUACGCCGCCGACCUCCAAAGACAGGAGGACUAAACGAUCGAGCAAACCAUCGAAAGAGCGGUGGUUGCUUACUAGAAAAACAUGGCGGUACAUGGCUGACGCCGGUAGACGUUUGAUACCCGAUGGAACGCACAAUAGGCCAGAAGAUAUUCCAAAGAUAGAGCAAUACUUUCAGGAAGUGUGUCAAAAAGAGCCAAGGUUUCUGCUUUGGAGGAAAACUUCCUAUCCAGGGACUUUAAGCUUUCGAUCGCAGAGACGUCGAAGGCAUAUAAAGGGCGGCAGUUGUAGAAUGAAGGCUAGCUCCGCUGACGAGGCUGACGAUGUUAGAAAUCCGCCUCAAAAUUUCAUUUUUCAGACCACCACGGCGGGAAAAUUUGACCUAGCGAAAGCUAAAAGAGAAUGGUUGCUGGCAUCGGAGAGAGGGAGCACUCCAUCGAGUCCUGUAGAGCAUAGGAAAUUCAUACAGGAGGACUCUGAGACUAAAGCACUGGCUGAUAUGUUGCAGAAGUACCUGAACAUGCAAAGCGACGUCGCUGGUGUGACAAAAUCGACAGGAAGAUCAGAAGUGCUUGGGCAGAUGGAUGGAAAAGAACCUUUCGAUUAUCAGAGUUUGAUAAACAAGCUUCAACAAUAUCUGGAUUUGAUGGUUGCCCAGACGAAACUGGAGCAACUUUCGGUCCAACGGUCUUUGCCAACAGUGAAACGCACGGGAAACGUUUCUAAGACCAUGCUACCGUAUCAGGGCGAUUACGUGCACAAAUCGUUGAUGGAAACUAUCGGCCGUUAUUAUAGUAAAUCUGCAACUCGAGAACACGUGAUCUCGGCGAUUCUAACGGAUCGAAAGCUGUUGGAGAAGUUGUAUUUUGACUUGAGGUGCACCAGGGGUUUCAGAGGUCCACGUGCUACCGGCGCUUACACGUCACCGUCUUCUCGUUGGUGGACUCAUCAAAGGACCAGAGUACCGUCAAAGGAAUCCGAAGAUUGGUUUUCGCUCAGGAGAGAUCCUAGUUCCCUGCCACCUCUGAUAGCCGUGCAAGAGCCCAGUACAGAUCGUGGCCCCAUAGACGACGGUGUACAAACAGAACCUGUUCCUCGUGAGGUUCUCGAUGCCAUUCUUCUAGAGAGAGAAAAGGAGGAAUUAUCUAUAAAAGAAGCGGCAAUGCAUAAGUCUACUGGUCGCAGACGAAGCAGCGUAGACAACGACGACGUUUCACCGUCCGUCAGCGACACGAUCAAAAGGUAUCUCCGAAUGGCUAGAAAGAAGUCGAUGGACGCUGACAAAGUGGACAGAUUCAAACGAGUGAACUAUGACAGAAACUUGAGGAACAUCAAGGCCAAAGGAGAAACCACGAGUCUCGGCGAUGACGAUGGCAAUAACAAGGGCUGUCAAACCGAAGACAACUGGGCUGUUAAUUACAGAGAGAUGUCCUCGACGGAGAAUCCAUCGGAGAAUCUGUCAGACGCUGACACGACCACUUCGCCACCGAGUAGAAACGCGAGUUCGAGGAGCAGCAUCGAUGCUGGCCUUGGCUCGGAAGAACCACUGACUCCUAAACAUCAUCAUCAUCAGUCCUUCCUUUCCCAUCUCCUACACGGUUCCAACGCGCACAAGGAUAAACCGCAUUCGGCACCGGGUUCACCGGCACUUACGUCAUCGUCCACCAAUUCCGCAGGUGGCACAGCGAUGCAGAAGAGCAAGUCCUCCAGCAGCGUGGUGCAUCACGGCAGCCGACUGGUCGCCAAGAAGAUAUGGAGGUCCAGAAGCAAGAGUACUUCGAGGGCGUCCAAUCAACCCUCCGUCUGGACACCACAGGGAAAGUGUACGUGGGCGGGCACUGGUGGACGACGUGUCACCCUGCAGGAUACUCCGCUAAGGUCACUGUCAGAAAUCGAGAGGAAGGUUCUAUGCAAGGUAGCUGUCGCGAAACUCCAGGCCCUCAACUUGGGCGUUCACAUUAGGCCGCCGAGUGAGUCACUCGGUACCAGUGCCGUUGCCACCAAGCCCAAAAGAAGAGCACCUUUGCUGAAGAGGAAAGCUCUCACCACUGGUUUCUUUGACAAUAAAGGAAAAGAUGAUAAGGAGAAAGAGUCGUCGGGUGGCCUAGUAUUUGGCAUACCGCUGUCACAGUGUUUGGAGAACGAUAGAAUCGCUAGAAUCGCCGCUGGUGAAGUCUCAGACGUUGGUUGUUUAUCGAGGAACAGCAGACACGGCAGCAGGACGAGCUUCACGAGCCUCAUCGAACCCACUGUCGCGGCUAAGACUGACGAGGGUGGUUCGAACGAGUCGUUGUCGUCGAAAGGCGGAGCUCUAACCGGAAGCGACUCCGGGGUGCUCGAGCUGAGCGAUAGCGGCGGAGGAGGCCCUCCAGGGGAAUGGGACCUGGUUCCAAGCAUAGUCAGACAGUGCAUCAGGCACCUGGAAAGCACGGGUCUUCGGACGCUCGGUAUCUUCCGGGUGUCACCUUCCAAGAAGAGAGUGAGACAGUUACGAGAAGACUUCGAUUGCGGUCGCGAGACAAAAAUCGGACCCGAUCAAUGUCCUCACGAUGUAGCAGCCCUUCUGAAGGAGUUUUUUCGUGAUCUUCCGGACCCUUUGCUCUGCAGGGAUCUCUACCAAGCCUUCGUCCAUACACAAAAGAUCCGGAACAGGCGACUUCAACAAGAGGCACUUCAGCAUCUCGUUCAGCUGCUGCCUACGCCGAACCGUGAGACGCUCUGGGCACUUUUGAGUUUCCUCAGCGUGGUGGCGGCUAACAGCGAAGAUCAAAAGAACAAGACAGGCGAGUGGAUACCGGGCAACAAGAUGGACACGACCAACUUGGCCACGGUAUUUGCCCCAAAUAUUCUUCAUUGCGUGAAACCUGGACAAAGGUCGGAAGUGUCCGCGGAAAGGGCGGAAGAGAGGAUAGACGUGAUAAAUGUGGUCAGAACUCUUUUGGAACACGCCGCGACGUUAUUUAAGGUGCCAGCCGCUCUUCUAGACGAAGUCUACUUGCACAUGAUGGACACCCAUCCGGCCGAUUUGGAUCUCGCCCUUUCUCGACGUGCCGAAGAGCAAUGCGGAGACGAGGCGGACCCGUGCAGCGAAGCCGAAACCUUCUCGCUCGAGGAGACGCUAACGACGUCGACAACGACCACGGCCGGGACGACCCCGUCUACCAGAAAGAUGUGGACCAGGGAACAGUGUCUGCACCAAACAGCUGGCGUGGGCGGUGAUAUAGGUCCAAGGCCGAGGCGGCCAAAGAGGCCUGGAAGUCGACGAAAAGAGGAAGGCAGGAGCAAUAGCGUGGACAGUGGAUCCAGCGAAGAUCCAGCCGAUCCACGAAGAAAAUCCUCGCCCAUGGUAAUCACCGCCAGUCUUACCAUACCGAUGUCUGGAGCGUUCACAUUGAACCUCGACGAUCCGGACAUUCCUUACAUCGAGGAAACUCCUAAGCAACCCAGUGCACCGCCAAGAAGGCAGAGGCAGCGAUCGAUUUCCGGUUGCAGCGAAGGUGGAAGACACGGAAGCGACAGCGCCGUCGGUUCCUCCGCCACGUUAUCGGGCGAUCAGGUUCCAAGUUCUCCUCCGUCAUGGGCGUCAUCGCCACCUGCCAGCCCUGACAGUGCGGUCACCGCUGUCUCCUACAUCCCCGAUCAGCAGGCCGUCCUCCAAAGGGUGUCGUUCACCACCUCGAGCGAGUUACGUCAAGUGACCAGGUCGAGCAGCAGUCAGGAAACGUCGAGGAGCACCGCGGCCCCGUACACACCCAGCAUCACCAGCAUCGGUGGUGCGGUUUUGAGGUCGAAGACCGCAGACAUCGAGAGGAUGUUGCACAUCUCUAGACCAGAUGCAGGUAUCUCGAUGUCGCAGCAGGGUAAGACCGGCUCUUCAACGUCCUCAGAGAGCAAAAAAUACACGAAGAGACGUUACACGGACUCGAGGCAUCAAACUCGUCACAUCCCCGAUUCCGAUACGUUGGCGGGGAAAAACACGGCUACAGUUUCAUCCUUGCCAUCCGUGACGAUGUCCACUUCGUCUUCGGCGGCUGGCACGCAGAAUCAAAGAACUAGAGCACAGCCGGUCUGGAAACGACGGGAACUGAUUUCCAGCGCGCCCAAGGACAGGGAGGGAUAUCUCUGAAUAUCCCUGUGGGCGAUCGAAUCGAAUGUCGAAGGAUCUCGAUGAACCUUUUUCUUUUAGAACUCGUUUCAAGACAGUUCUAUUAAAAGUUAAGCGCACGAUCAAAGUUUCGCAUUGAUUUUAAAUUGAAAAAAGGGCGUUCCGUAUUACGAUAAUUAAAGAUUCUGCGAGGAAGUUUGUACGAAUGCGCGACCUACUUGAUUACUUGCUUCAGAUCGUAUCUAAGCUUGCACUUAGGUAUGACAUGUAAAAAAGUCGAAUUAGAAAAUUCAAUCUUUAGUCAGCUAUGGUGAAAUACAAAAGACGACAAUAAGAUCGAAUAGUUUGCGCACCCGUACAGAUCUUCCUAUGUUGAAGCGUGUUACGAAGAGGAACCUAAAUAACGAAACACCUUCAUACGUUGCUUGAAUAAUAUUUUGAUAUAGCUUCCGAUGGAUUAUAUUCCAACGAAACAUUGUGCCUUAACGUAUUAAAAUUCCAAAGUAUUACGUAUUCCCCUAAACGAUAAGGUAUUUAAUUUAAGCUAUUUAACGAUUAUAAAGAAUUAGUUUUAUUCGAGCAACGUACAAGUGAAUUACACUUCGGUCGUAUCCAGCUGAAUUAUAUAUUUCUACGCGAAGAAAUUUGAAUUGUGCGCUGGAUAAACUACGAGUGACUUUGAAAAGAAACCCGAGGAGGUCCGGACCGAGCAUACGAUUCGAUCGUCAAAAGUGUCCGUGAAAGAAAAAAAGAAAAAAAAAACAAUAUAGUCACUGCCGAUCAGGCGUGGCCUGGCAAAGUGUUCCUCGACACGUUUCUCGCUUCGAAAGUGUGAUCGACGUAUCGUGGGGUGCCUAUUGGUUCCUAGACUACCGUCCUCGCGCUCGCAAAGAUCUCCGUGACGAAACGCACGACCCCUCUCUACACUCUCUAUCUCCCUUGAUCUUUCUUUUAUCUCGUUUUACCACUUUUCUCGUUCUCUUAACGAGAUUAAUCGCGUGUAACAAACAAAUCAAACGGGACGAUGUUCUACCUUGCGGUUAAUUUAUACGGAAAAGAAAAAAACAAAAUGGAACAUUGAUCUUGUAUGUACGAACGUAACAUUCUGAUGUAGUAGCGACACGUUAGUAGCGAUUUGUAAAUUAUUUUUACUAUUCAAGAUGGAAGGAUUUCCUUCGAGCUUUCGUGGAUAAUUCAUGAAAGCCACAAUGUUAUCGCGUGCACGAUGGAAUCCUCGACGAACCAAAAUGAAAGAAAGAAGACCAGCCUCGAGUCCCUUGAACUCGCGUCGGGCCAUUCUAUCUCUCUGGAUCGGCUGAACAUCGUUGUUGGUUUUGAUGUGACGAAUGAUACGGCGUUGCUCUGUCGAGACGUGGUUCGUCGAUCGUAGACUAUUAUUUUUGUAUAGUUAUUACAAGUACCUAAUCGAACCGGUAGUUUGUGAUCUAGCGAUGACGAGCCAGAGCAGCUAAACUAACGAAUUUCGUCUUUUCGUUUCUUUCUCUCUGUUUCUAUUCCUUCCUUUUUCUCGCCGGGAGAUUCUCUCGGUUCUUUUCGUCUUUCUUUUUUAAAUCGCUCUUCGUUCACGAGAAGUUGUCUUGAAAGAAUUCGUGUACUGCCGUGAGGGACGCGUGGCCCGAAAGACGCUGUUGUUCGUCGUUUAAGUUUUCAUUUUCAGUCUGUAAGCUAAUAAAUGAAGGUUAAUUUUUUUACUA